AUGGAGGGCGCUAUCUUAUUAGCUCGCCAGAACGGGGGCACGUCCCCCGCGGACCAGUUUCUGAGCCUCAUCCAGAAUCCAUUCAGUUCUGCUUUCCAACUCAAUGCGUUCUGGGCGUCGUUUGGUACAUCCAUAGGACUGACGCUUCUUCUCGCGGCGAUCUUCUCCCUCUUUCGCCCCCGCAACUCCCUCGUUUAUGCUCCCAAACUCAAGCAUGCGGACCGGAAACAUGCGCCCCCUCCCCUGGGCAAGGGUCUGUUGGCCUGGCUCACUCCUGUCCUAAAAACGACGGAAAGCCAGCUCGUGGACUGCAUUGGCCUCGAUGCCACAGUGUUCCUCCGCUUCACCAGAAUGUGCCGGAACAUGUUUCUGGUUACUAGCAUCAUUGGCUGCUUCAUCAUGAUUCCUGUCAAUGUCUCUCAGAGUAACACAUCGAGAGUGCCGGGUAUCAAUACCUUUGUGACCAUGACCCCACAGUUUAUCUCUACCAGGGCCAUAUGGAGCCAUGUCGUUUGUGCUUGGAUAUUUGAUAUUAUCGUUGCCUACUUCCUCUGGCGCAACUACAGGGCCAUUUCUGGUCUAAGGAGACAUUAUUUCCAAAGCUCGGAGUAUCAGAAAAGUCUCCAUGCCAGAACUAUUUUGGUCAGGCAUAUACCGCCAGAUUACAGAACGGAUGAGGGCCUCCUGCGCUUGACAGACGAGAUCAACGUGACACCUUCAGUACCCCGAACCUCGACCGGCCGCAACAUGAAGCACCUGCCAAAGCUGAUAGCAGAACAUGAGAAGAUGGUCAGACAGCUUGAAGCAGUACUGGCCAAGUAUUUUAAAGAUCCAGACCGACUCCCCCCGAAACGACCCACUUGUCGUCCAUCGAGAAAAUAUCAGGAGGAGCAUGGCUCAAACAAAGUCGACGCGAUUGACUACCUCACCGAUCGCAUUAGGGACCUCGAAGUUGAAAUCAAGUAUGUUCGCGGAUCGAUUGAUACCCUGAAUGCCAUGCCGUACGGAUUCGCUAGCUGGGAAUCAAUCGAAAAUGCCCAUGCGGUGGCGUAUGCUGCCCGAAACAAGCAUCCGCAUGGCACGACGAUCACUCUAGCGCCACGACCCAACGAUAUCAUCUGGGAUAAUUUGUCCCUGACCCACAAAAGCCUGAAAUGGAAACGCUUCAUCAACUUCAUCUGGUCGACCGUGCUGACCGUGCUGUGGAUCGCGCCUAACGCAAUGAUAGCCAUUUUCCUGUCUGAUUUAUCCAACUUGGGGCGGGUCUGGAAAGGAUUCCAAAGAUCGCUUUAUUCGAACCCGAAAACCUGGGCAGCGGUACAAGGUAUUGCAGCUCCUGCGCUUACAUCUUUAAUCUAUUUGGUCCUUCCUAUCGUCUUUAGACGUCUUGCAAUCCGCGCCGGAGACAUUACCAAGACUUCGCGGGAGCGCCAUGUCAUUCAUAGCUUAUACGCUUUUUUUGUGUUUAACAACCUGGUGGUAUUUUCGCUAUUUUCGGCGAUUUGGGCGUUUGUGACCGCAGUGAUCGAAGCGAGAAAUAACAAUAGUGACGUCUGGGACGCGCUCGUCAAGGGACAGCUCUUUCUUAAGAUUAUGACAGCACUUUGCCAGGUCUCCCCUUUUUGGGUCACUUGGCUCCUGCAGAGAAACCUAGGUGCCGCAAUCGACCUUAUCCAGAUUGUCAACAUGGCAUCCAUCUGGUUUGCCAAGUGGUUUAUGACAUUGACUCCCAGACAAAUGAUCGAAUGGACGGCUCCGCCCCCAUUCCCCUACGCAAGCUAUUACAACUAUUUCUUAUUCUAUGCGACAAUAGCACUCUGCUUCGCGACGUUGCAACCAAUGGUUCUCCCCGUAACCGCACUCUACUUCGCAGUCGACUCCUGGCUCAAAAAGUACCUCCUGCUCUACGUUUUCGUCACCAAAAAUGAAUCAGGAGGCCAAUUCUGGCGUGUCCUCUUCAACCGUUUGCUCUUCGCCGUGAUUCUCUCCAACUUCGUCAUGGCCCUAGUUGUGAAAUCCAGGGGAACCUGGACAAUGGUUUUCUGCCUCGUCCCUCUCCCAUUCCUCAUGCUCGGGUUCAAAUGGUACUGCAGGCGCACCUUUGACGAUGGCCUGAUGUACUAUAGCCGUCUAAUAGCGUCUGACGUAGAGUCCCUCGGCCCGGGCAAAUCAGGAAAGAAGGCUGAACGAAUCGCCUCCAAAUUCGGCCAUCCGGCCCUCUACAAACCGCUGAUGACGCCAAUGGUCCACGCAAAGGCGGCUGAGGCGCUGGAGAAGAUCCUCAAUGCACGCCAAGGUGCCGGGGUUAGCGUCAAUGGCGCCCCCAUCACAGGCGAGUACUCCGAUAUUGCUCUGCACAACAUGUCCUCGAACGAACCGGGCAGAGCAUCUCGACCACCGGCCAAUGCACCGUUUGAAAUGGUCCCCGAGAACCAGCUUGACUUUUCCUAUUUCAAAGACAGGCCUGACUUCCGCGAUGAGUUUGGCGGUGGCAUCUACGGGCGGCCGGAGGAUGUGAUAAGUGAGCGGUCCCACACGCCAAGGAGCUUUUUUAAUGAUUUGGAUACGCCGGCUUCCUCGCGGUCGCCAUCGCCUGUUCGUGUUUCACGGCUGAGCAUUGGUGGCGGAGAAGUGCCGGAAGAUGGAACAAACCCUCAUGGGCACGCGAGGACGCCUGAUAGCAACACUAUGCCGGUAGUUCCUAGAAUGGCACGGCCCCCUUUGAGUCGGCAGGGGACAUCGGAGGGCCAGAUACGGCCGUUCUACAAUAUGUCGAAUAACGAGAGCGAGAAUCACCUUCUAAACAACAUCGAAACUCCACCUGUUCGAUCAUCCACUGAUAUCGCGUCGUAUGAUCGAUGGGGGUCGAAUCGUACUGGUACUUCUUCUCAUGGACCACCUGCGACGCACCGCGGUCAUGAUGAUACGUCUCAUGAGGAGUAUCGCGGCGUACUGUAUUAA